AUGAAAACCGCGAGCGUUGGUUUCUUCGUCUUACAGUCUACUUCAGUUUACGGAGCCUUUGAGGAGGCUGAGGGCAUCGAGGGCUGGGUGAAGGAUCAUAACUACUUUCGCUGUCUGCAUGGUGCCGGGCCAGUUGAGUGGAGUACCGAAUUGGAGGCUGAAUCUCAGCAAUGGGCUGAUCAUUUGGCUACUGAAGGCGGCUCUUUGGCUCGUACUCGUCGGCUCCUUAUGCUGGGGAAAAUCUGGCUAUGGGAUAUGGCGCAGCUCCUAGUGUUUGCAAUGGCACUAACAGUGAAUAUAAUCAGCAUUGUGCUGUGUGGAAUUGGUAUAAUGAGUAUAACGACUUUAUGA